GGGCGGGGCUUGAGCUUACAUACAGGGUGUCGGUGUCGGUGUGCUGGACAGAAGUCAACCGUCCUGUCUGAUCUGUGGUGAAGUGUAGCGUUUAUUAACAAGUAACACACUAGUCAGGAAGAUGUCGGCCGUUUGUGUCGCCCUGAGUCGAAAUGCUUUGGCUGUCAGGAAUUCUGGCAUGAUGGUGAUGGUGCGGUAUGCUCAAACUGCCGCUGCCCCGGCUCCUGAACCCAGGAUCAAGAAGUUUCAAAUUUACCGCUGGGACCCCGACUCUGCCGGAGACAAACCACGGAUGCAGACUUACGAAAUUGAUCUCAACACCUGUGGUCCUAUGGUUCUGGAUGCCCUCAUUAAGAUCAAGAAUGAGAUGGAUCCCACACUCACAUUCAGACGCUCCUGCCGCGAAGGGAUCUGCGGCUCGUGUGCCAUGAACAUAAACGGAGGCAACACCCUGGCGUGUCUGAACAAAAUUGACACCAACUUAAGCAAACCGACCAAAAUCUACCCACUCCCACACAUGUAUGUGGUCAAAGAUCUGGUGCCUGAUAUGAGCAACUUCUAUGCACAGUACAAGUCUAUCGAGCCCUACCUGAAAAAGAAGGAUGGAACUCAAGAGGGAAAAGAGCAGUAUUUCCAGUCAGUGGAGGACCGUCAGAAACUGGACGGCCUGUAUGAGUGCAUCCUCUGUGCGUGCUGCAGUACCAGCUGUCCCAGCUACUGGUGGAAUGGAGACAAAUACCUGGGCCCUGCUGUCCUAAUGCAGGCAUAUCGGUGGAUGAUUGACUCCCGUGAUGAAUUCACUGAGGAACGUCUGUCUAAGCUUCAGGAUCCCUUCUCUCUCUAUCGCUGCCACACUAUCAUGAACUGCACCAAAACGUGCCCCAAGGGACUGAACCCAGGAAAGGCCAUCGCGGAGAUCAAGAAAAUGAUGGCAACUUACAAAGAGAAGAAAGCAGCAACCACAUGAUCGAAGAAUAAGACCCUCACUUAAUUUAAAAAAAGAAGAGAAGAGCCAACCACAAACUUUCUUUUCACUGCAUCAGCACCUUAUAUGAUUUCCAUGAGUGUGUGAGAUGUGAAGGUGUGGAUGUGUGUGAGUAUGAGUAUCAGAGAGCAGAAGAAGAAGAAGAAGGAGGGAGGCAUGGGAACAGGGUGCUGGAAAGAACUGAUAAGGGAAAUAUUUGGUGUGCUGCAACAUCUUGGACCACAUUUCUGCUUUUUGUCUGCGCAGUGAAAAAACAAAGCUCUGCUGUACUUACUCCUUGGGUUAAGCCCAUAAUAUUGUAUUCAAGCUGUAAAUAUUUAAUUAUGUGUUCAUUAAACAUGUGCCGAGCUGGAUAAGCAAAGAAUUAAACUGUUGUUGAUUGGCGAUUGCAAUAAACAAUACUGAAGGAUCUAUUAAAAUAUUUUUGAUUGCCGAACAGGCACACAUAAUACAUGUCUCAUUAUAAUAAGAUACUAUCCCGUUAUAUCAAUAUAUUACCUCAUUUCAUCAGAUUAUCUGAUGAGUCUUUGUAUAAGGUAACAUGACGUAACAAGACCAUAUCUCAGAUCUUUUUGUUGAUGCAUAAUGCACCUUUUGCAAAGCAGACAUUUUGACUUGUCAUGACAGGAAAAUGUGUUACUACCAGCUGCAUGCACAAUGGUUCUGUUGUGUUCAAGUGUCCCAGUAGGCCAUGGAAGUGUGACAGCGAGCCAGAAUACACCCAGUGACCCUGAAAUUGAAGCGCUUAAGUGGAUCACUGGUGUGAAAUACUUGGAAAAUUUAUGGAGGAAAGCCACCACUGGAAGUUUGUGUGAAGAAAUGGACAACUUGAAUUCUCACCCCUGAUUAAUAGGGGUAGCAUAUCCCCAGGGUACCCGCUAACUGCUGCUGACUGUAACUACAGUUAGCUCAGUUAGCUGUGCAGCUAGCCUCACUGCAGGGAGAGUGUUGGCAUAUAUUACAUAUUGGACCUGCUUUGAGGAGUGGAAAAAUGUCUGCUGUCCCAAAUAAGGGUGCAUCAGGACUGGCCACUGUUUGUAAUUGUUCAGUAAUGUUGUGAUUUCAUUUGUUCAUGAGAUUUGACAUUAAUUUAAUUCAAUAAAAGCCUAGGUGGGAAGCAUA